AAUUGUUUUCUUCUUCCCCUGCCCAUCCACUGAUUCGGAGACUCUGCUCUCUCUUCCACCAUAGCUUCUUUCCUUUAAUUUUCGCUUCAUCUCUCUCUUCUGCCAACUGAUUUUACAACUUUACCCUCUUCAGAUCCAUUUCCCUUCUCUUUCUUUCUUUCUUCUUCAGGGUUUUGUUAUAUUUAUUUUCAAAGCCCACACUUCAAAUCCUUUUCUUUCUUUUUUUCUUCCACCGAUUUCUCUGCUUCAAGCUUGCUCUCAUUUUCCCCAAUCCCAAACCCUCAGAUUUCCCCCAAUUGAAUCCCACAUUUCGAUUUCUCCUUUUCAUUUUUUCGAUUCGAAUUCGCAACUGUAUAAAAAACUCGUCGAUUUGACCUGUUUUCCGUAGUUUCUCCGCCGAUUUGCGAUCCCGUUGAUCCUGAUUUAGGGUUUUACAGCAAGGAAACGAGCCAGAUUAGGGUUUUUUUUCACGCCCUUCUUCUUCGUGGCGAUGUUGGGAGCGGGUUUGCAGUUCGGUCGUGGCGGCGGUCGCGGCGAGGAUCGGUUCUACAACCCCGCCAAAGCGCGUAGUAGGGCCUACCAGAACCACCGUGCCGAGCAACUCCGGCGAGCUCAGAGCGAUGUAUCGCCCAGCCAGGCACAAUCCUCCUCCGAGCCGGAGAGCCGCGAGCCGCCCAAUCUCGAGCGGUUCUUGCAAUCGAUAACGCCGUCCGUGCCUGCGCAAUACCUCUCCAAGACGACGAUGAAGGGAUGGAGGCCUUCCGAUGUGGAAAUAUCUCGGCCGUACUUUGUGCUCGGCGAUCUUUGGGAGUCGUUCAAGGAAUGGAGCGCUUAUGGCGCAGGAGUGCCUCUGAUAUUGAACGACGCAGAUUCGGUAGUUCAGUACUAUGUUCCUUACCUUUCUGGUAUUCAAAUAUACGGCGACUCUUCCAAGUUUUCGGUAAAGCCAAGGCGACCAGAUGAGGACAGUGAUAGUGAUUUCCGAGAUUCAAGUAGUGAUGGUAGCAGUGACUGUGAACCUGAAAGAAGAUUAAAAUACAUGCAGGAGCAACCUGGUCACAACAAUCUGUUGAGUGACGUUUGUCGGAGGAUAGAUAGAUUAUCUUUGAGAGACAAUCCUAUUUCACUUCAAGAAGAUUUUUCUAGUGAUGAAGGGGAAUCUGGAAAUUCUCAGGCUUGCUUGAUAUUUGAGUAUCUUGAACGAGACCCCCCGUAUGGUCGCGAACCAUUGGCUGACAAGAUAUUAGAUCUUGCAUUUCGUUUUCCUGAGCUGAAGACACUAAGGAGUUGUGAUCUUUUAUCUCCCAGCUGGAUUUCUGUUUCCUGGUAUCCAAUAUACCGGAUUCCAACUGGACCAACUCUAAAGGAUCUGGAUGCUUGCUUUUUGACGUAUCAUUCUCUUCAUACGCCCAUGGGAGGAUUGCAGAAUGCUCAGGCUCCAGUUAUAACACGUCCAUGUGAGACAGACUGUGUUCCCAAGAUUCCCUUACAUGUUUUCGGUCUUGCUUCGUACAAGUUCAAAGGAUCCUUGUGGACCCCAAAUGGGGGAUUUGAACGGCAAUUAGCAACCUCACUUUUGCAGGCUGCUGACAACUGGUUAAGACUGCUUCAAGUCAGCCAUCCAGAUUUCCUGUUUUUCAGCCGUCAGUGAUAUCAAGAUACAAGGUUAACACAUACCCCUCGCCAUUCUAGAACAAAGCCCCAUGAUGCAGCCCUCAGUUCUGUAGAAGGCAGGAUGCCAAGUUUGUCUGUGGUUCUUUGAUUUGGUUUUGUGUUCUUUUCGUUGAAAGAAAGAUCAAAUGAUAAAGAAAAAAGAAGAAAAAAAAGAAAAAAGAAAAGGAAGAUGGAGAAAUAACAUAAAAGAGGUUAAAGCAUUGAAUGAGUGGAAGGGCUGCCUUAAUAAGGCUCAACAGAGAGAAUGAGUAGAGAAUAGUUAGACAAGCUUUAGAAGGGGUAGUUUGUGCUUAGUGUAGACAAAUCUCAUCUUGCUUGUUUUCUGUAUCUCUUCUUAGUAUAUUAUGAUGAUGAUGAUAAACCAGGCUCUUUUUAUGUCCUGAUGAUGUUAGAAUGUAUUUUAUAUUUAUAAGGGGAUUUUGGCAUAGAGGUUAUAUAAGUGUCAACUUUUGGGUUCCCCAGAUUAUUUUACUUUAUUACCGUUUGCUCCACCAAUUUCUCUGUAGUAAUGCCCUUUUUUAUU